AAGCACCAACAGCACCAACACAAACAAAGCGCGUAUAGAAAGAAAUUUUUUUUCCAACGUUCAUAAUUUGCGUGGAGCUGGGGAGCUGUCGAAGCUGCAAGAAAACAAGACAAAAACAAAGAAAAAACGGCGAAUAUUGUGAAGAAAUUUGUAAUAAAAAAAAAUUCGCAAAAAUAAGUGAACAGUUCAACCAGCAGCAGCAGCAGCAGAAGAAGAAGAAGAAGCAACAGCAUGUCCAGCUUGCCACGUCGCAUCAUCAAGGAGACACAACGUCUGAUGCAGGAACCGGUGCCGGGCAUCAAUGCGAUACCCGAUGAGAAUAAUGCCCGAUAUUUCCAUGUGAUUGUCACCGGACCAAAUGAUUCUCCCUUCGAGGGUGGGGUCUUUAAGCUGGAACUCUUUCUGCCCGAGGAUUAUCCGAUGUCGGCGCCCAAGGUGCGUUUCAUCACAAAGAUCUAUCAUCCGAAUAUCGAUCGCUUGGGUCGCAUCUGUCUCGAUGUGCUCAAGGAUAAGUGGAGUCCAGCUCUCCAAAUUCGCACCAUUUUGCUCUCCAUCCAGGCGCUGUUGAGUGCCCCAAAUCCCGAUGAUCCGCUGGCCAACGAUGUCGCCGAAUUGUGGAAGGUCAACGAGGCCGAGGCCAUUCGCAAUGCCCGUGAAUGGACCCAAAAGUAUGCGGUCGAAGACUGAAUUAUGCAAAUGGGAGAGACGAUGAUGAAGUGGAGAGGAAGUAGAGGGGGGAUACUAAGGGAGGGGACGGGGGGGAUUGAAACGAAUGUGAAACAUCAAGAAAUUGAUUUAAUCGUAUUAUAUAUAUAUAUAUUUUAGUUUUUUUUUUGCUGGGCGGGUUUUUUCUCUCACGUUGUAAAGAUAAAAUGAUUGUAAGCGAGAAGUAUACAGAACUCAGAUGCAUUGUUUUAUACAGGCAACCCAACAACAACAACAACAACAAUAAUAACAACAAACAUUUAUAAUAAA